AUGAUGUCAUCCAAGCCAACAGCCUACCCCGGAGUGCAUGGAAAUAUACCCAAUCCUUACCCACAAACUAUUUUUAUGGCUCCUCAGUCUCAACAACCUCCGAGUUUCAUAACCCUAGGAAACCAACCUCUGGGUGUUCAGCCUCAUUUCAUCCCAGCUCCGGGAAUCUCUGUGGGUCAGCUGGGUCAAGGAAAUGCACAAAUGAUAAAUUCCACAAUAGAUACAGCAAGAGAAAAAUUAAAAGAAGAUGCAAAGAUACUAGGGGUGGUCCAGAUCAUCAUUGGAUGUAUACACUUUGGUUUUGGAAUUAUUUUGUGUUUAAUAUUUGACCUUUCUGGAUAUGUUCAGGGUUUUGCCUCCCUUGCUGUUUUGGGUGGAUACCCAUUCUGGGGUGCCAUCUUUUUCAUUGUUUCUGGCUCUCUCUCUGUAUCAGCAUCCAGUAACUCCUCCACUUGUCUGAUAAAAGGCAGCCUAGGAAUGAAUAUUGUUAGUGCUAUCUUUACUCUUCCUGGAGUGAUUCUGCUGCUGCUGGAUAUGAUCCUCAAUAACCAGUUUACCAUAAACUACUGGGCACUGGUUUCUGGGAGUGGAAUUUCAGCCAUGUUGCUGAUCUUCUCCCUCUUGGAGUUCUGCAUAGCUUGUGCCACAGCCCACUUUGCCAGCAAAAUAUUGGCCAACACUAGCAGGCCUGUCGUGGUUAUUCCAGCCAUGUACGCAAAUAACUCCUUCACACCAGACAGUUCUUCACCUCCUCCAGCAUAUGCAAGUCUCCCCACUGAUACUCCUAGACAAUAAAAGAUAAAGAGGCAUCACUUCAAGUU